AUCCUCUAGAAAUACCUUCCUCACUUCUCUUCAACUCCUCACAUAAAAAAAAAACACUUAAAAAUUUCUAACAUGGCACCAACACUUUUAGCUAAGCUAAUUAUCUUCACUGCAUUUUUUCUACUUCAGGUUUGGGCUUCCGAGAGCGCAGCCGCCCGCACCUCAUUAAUGGCGGAUCGUCACCAGCAGUGGAUGGCAGAAGUCGGCCGCACCUACAAAGACGCCACGAACAUGGCCCCCAGAUUCAAAAUAUUCAAGGCCAACGCAGCCUUCAUCGACGCAUUCAAUGCCGCCGGAAACCGCUCUUAUACCCUCGCCAUCAACGAAUUCGCCGAUCUCACAAAUGAGGAAUUCCUGUCGACUAGAACUGGACUCGACAUGGGAUCUCAUUCUCACCGAAACUCUUCUUCUUCGUUCAUGUACGCUGACGUCGCUGAUGCUCCGGCCAGCGUCGACUGGAGAACCAAGGGCGCCGUCACCGAUGUUAAGAAUCAAGGCCACUGCAGAAGUUGUUGGGCAUUUUCAGCAGUUGCAGCAACAGAAGGCAUAAACCAGCUGACUACCAGGGAUCUGGUUUCUUUGUCCGAACAAGAGCUCAUUGAUUGCGACAAUACCCAAAGCCUAGGAUGCCGCGGCGGAUAUCCCGACAAAGCGUUCCAGUACAUCGCCGAUAACAACGGCCUCUCACCCGACUCAGACUACAUCUACGAAGCAACCGAUGGAAGUUGCAGCCCUGAGCGAGCGACUUCCCGCGCCGGCAAGAUCAGCGGGUACGAGAAUGUCCCGGCCAACGACGAGGCGGCGCUGAUGAAGGCCGUGGCUAACCAGCCCGUCUCUGUCGUCAUUGAUGCUGGCGGAGCCGGGUUUCGGUUCCACAACAGCGGCGUCUUCACGGGAGAGUGCGGGACGGAGAUGAACCAUGCGGUGACGGUCGUCGGCUACGGCGAAAGUAGCGACGGAAUUAAGUAUUGGUUGGUGAAGAAUUCGUGGGGAACGGGAUGGGGAGAGGAUGGAUAUGUGAGGAUUCAAAGGGAGAGUGGAAAUGUUGAAGGACUUUGUGGCAUUGCUAAGUGGGCAUCCUAUCCCGUUGCUUAAGUUAUUAUUAUUAUUAUUAUUAUUAUUAUUAUUAUUAUUAUUAUUAUUAUUAUUAUUAUUAUUAUAAAAGUGUCACGCACAUAAAAAAAUA